GGAGAUAGGGGAGAACCUGGUAAUGAGGGCUACAAGGGUCAUGUAGGUCUUCCAGGGCUUAGAGGACCUAUUGGACAGCAGGGGCCUCCAGGAGAACCAGGUGAAAUGGGGGAACAAGGACCAAAAGGAGAAAGAGGUUCUGAAGGACCCACAGGGAAGAAAGGUGCUAUGGGUGAAGCAGGCAAACCUGGAAUUCCUGGAAAACCAGGGCCAAUAGGGCAAAAAGGAGCAAUUGGGUACCCUGGACCAGAAGGCGUUCCUGGGAACCCUGGAAAACCUGGACUGCCAGGGAAACCUGGCCAUAAGGGUAAUAAAGGAAACCCAGGAAUAACCGGUCUGGCAGGUUAUCCUGGAGCUCGAGGUCCCAAGGGAUUACCAGGCAUGCCAGGGGCCAUGGGAGCACCAGGACUAAAGGGUGAGAAAGGGCUUCAGGGUCAUACAGGAAAACGAGGCAAAAGAGGCCUUCCAGGAUCACCAGGUGACCAGGGGCCAGCAGGAGACACUGGACUGAAAGGACAGGCUGGAGAACAUGGAGAUCAAGGUUUGAUGGGGUUUCAAGGAUUCCCAGGUCCAAAAGGUCCUGCAGGCGACGGCGGCCUCAUUGGAAUUCUGGGACCGAAAGGUCCAACAGGACAAGUCGGAUACAUUGGCCCUGUUGGUCGAGAAGGUGCAACGGGUCCAACUGGCAGGCCUAAAGCAUGUUGGAUUAACAGUUUCUCUUUCUUGCAGGGACCCAGGGGAGAAAAGGGCAUACGGGGUGAAAUUGGCCCUCAGGGACCUCAGGGCCAGCCAGGGCCACCUGGACCGCCAGGACCACCAGGACCAAGAAAACAAGUGGACAUCAAUGCUGCUGUUCAAGCCUUGAUCCAGUCAAAUGCUGCACUGCAGAUGGAGAGAUACCAGAAUACUGAAGUAACUUUACUAGAUCACAGUACAGAGAUAUUCAGAACACUGCACUACCUUAGCAAUUUGCUGCACAGCAUCAAGAACCCUCUUGGCACUCGGGAUAAUCCAGCCCGCAUCUGCAGGGAUUUGCUUAACUGUGAAAGGAAAGUGUCGGAUGGAAAAUACUGGAUUGACCCAAAUAUUGGAUGUCCUUCUGAUGCCAUUGAAGUCUUCUGCAACUUCACUGCAGGUGGUCAGACGUGUUUAUCACCAAUGUCUGUGACAAAGCUGGAGUUUGGCGUUGGAAAGGUGCAGAUGAACUUUCUUCAUUUACUGAGCUCCGAAGCAACCCACAGCAUCACAGUCCACUGUCUGAACACACCGGUGUGGGGACUGAAUGAGGCAGGUGGCCAGAAAACGUCCAUUAGCUUCAAGGGAUGGAAUGGUCAAAUGUUUAAAGCAAAUACGCUACUUGAACCAAAGGUGCUUACGGAUGAAUGCAUGAUCCAAGACGGCAGCUGGCACAAGACGCAGUUCUCUUUUCACGCUCAGGACACUAGUCAGCUCCCGGUCGUUCAGAUUCACCUGCUCUCUCAUCUCAAACCAGGGCAACAGCACUUCGUAGAAAGUGGCUCAGUGUGCUUCCUUUAAGGCUCCUAUG